AUGCUUCUUCCUCUAUUUCUUAUUUUUUCAAUUUUUCAAAUCACUGUGGAACAAUCCGAAGAUACUCUGCCAAAAGCAUUCAACUCAUUGAAAAUCCGAAAAUUCAAUAAAAAUCGCCUAAUAAUUCAGCGCCUCAAAAUUGGUUCCAACACAAAAUUCGUGGGUGAAUCUGAGAACUGCCCAAAAUUUAUGAACUUCACCGCUUGUUCUUGUGAACCAACUUGCGAUAAUUCGAAUCCCGUAAGUUUUUUAGUAAUGUGAUUUUCUCUCAAAAUAUUUUUUAGCUGUGUAUAAAUUGUCAACCUGGAUGUGUAUGUCGAAAUGGAUUUGUGAGAAAUCAAGAUUUUCUAUGUGUUCUUCCUGAAGAAUGUCCGAAUUUUGAAAUGAGAAAUGAAGAAGAGAAAUAUGAAGCGGAACCAGUUGUUCCAAUAAUUAAAUUGACAAAGAAGCCAAAAUUUGUUGAACCCACAACUACAGUACCCUUGGUCAUUUUCAGACAUGGUACGUUAAUGGGACUGGAAUAAUAGGAAAAUCGCUCAAAAAUUGACUACUCAAGAUUUUUAAGGUUCAGAAUUAGUUUUAAAAAUGUUAUGAUGCGCAAAAGUUGGAACAAUCUUUCAUCCGCAAUUUUUUUCGGACUUUCCAAAAAAUACCCCAAAUUUUAAAAAAUAAUUUUAGAACGCUAAAAAACACUGAAUUUGGGAUUGAAACUUGGACUUUAAACAACAUCUUGAAAAUUUUAUCAACAUUGCUAAGGUGUUAAUGAAUUUAUGACGUGGCAAAGUUGCCGAAGCCAGAUUUUUCAGAAACGUUAAAUUUUUUAAACCAGACUUCUUGCGAAAAAUUCCCAAUAAAAACUUCAACUCACUUCUUUUUUCGUAUAGGUCCAACACCUCCACCAUCUCCGCCAAUGCUUCAUACAUUUCCACCAACCGAUCCUGAAUUAAUUGGUGCUCCAUCCGCCACUCCUCCACCAGAUUUCGGUCCACCAGGUAUGACUGCUGAAAGGGUUAAUGCUUAUGAGAAAUAUCUGAAAGAACGUCGAAUCAUGCGAGCAUUGCGAAAACGAAGACAACAGCGAAAACAUUAA